AUGACGCAGGUCCCGUUGCGAUUCGACAACGCACGAGAGUACGUGCGAACGUACGCCCCGUUCGUGCUCGCUGAGUGCGACGAACACGUGCGCAGACGAAGCGGCGAGGGGACGAGCGUGAAGGCGGAAGCGGCGCGCGCGGCGGAGCGGGACGAAGAGUUUCACGUCGUCGCGUUCGACGUGAGCGAAACCGAUUCGGAACGACUCUCGGAUAACGAUUUAGUGCUACUGAGCAAGGAAGAGUUGACCGCGAAGGUGACGGAGGACGCGAGGUUGACGCACGCGCUCGCCGUCGUCGAUGGCCGCGAAAUGAAAACUCGAGUGCGCCUUCGACUAUACCUCCCAGAUACAACAAUGACGACGGAAGCGCGAGUGCAUAGUGAGAGCGAUUACAAGCGGUUUCGCACCGUUCGCAACGCGCUCACCGCGGUGAAGGGCGAGCGUUGGUUCCUGAAGAGUUUGGCAAACUUGUCCACGUUCACGCGCGAGUGGCUAGCGAUUCACGCCUUUCCAGCGUUCCCCUACGCGGCGACGAUUCUUAACGGCACUCCCGCGGCGGGCAUCGGCGGUCCGUCUUCCGUCAACGCGUGGAGUAUGCCCGACGGCUUGAAAACUUUCGUCGAGCGCUCUUGCAACGAUUCGCAAAUCAAGGCGUUAGAGAGCGCGUUAACGCGAGAGCCCUUGGUGCUCGUUCAAGGUGCUCCGGGGACUGGGAAGACGCGCACGAUCAUUCCUCUGCUGUCCGUGCUGUUGCACUCCGUUCCGAGCACGUCUUCGAGGACGAUCGUUGAUUUUAAGGCGUACGCCAAGAUGCGAGAGGCGCGCGUGGUAGCCACAGCUGAGGAGAAGCGCGAAGCUUGGAUGCGCGCUUCGCCAUGGUUGCGGACAACUAAUCCGCGCGACGCACCACCGCCACCGACGCUCGUGGCGGAGAAAGUGAGCGGAUCGGUAAACGCCGAAUCGAAUGUGUCUCCGUCUUCCAAGCCGUCGAGCAAUGGCGCCGUGAGAGUCGUCGCGCAAACAUUGGGCGCCGACGCCUACAGACGAUCAAAGAUUCUCGUGUGUGCGCCGUCGAACGAGAUUUUAGAUGAAAUCGUGUCGCUUAUCAUCAAGACCGGUCUCGUCGACGGUAAUGGCGAGACGUACUCACCGACUGUCGUCCGCGUUGGCGUAAACGUACACGACUCGGUGCGACAAGUCAGCAUGGAUGCACUCGUUUCACAACGAUUAGGAGAGUUGGGCGCACACGUUGAUUCGGUGCGCAAAUUCGAAGCGGCCGUCGAACGCGACAGGUUGAAACAGGCAAUUUUGGACGAAGCGAACGUGGUGUGUAGUACGCUUUCAUUUAGCGGCGCGGGUAUGUUCGCCAGGAUGUCUACGCCGUUCGACGCCGUCAUAAUCGACGAGGCUACGCUAGCGGUCGAGCCUUCAACGCUUGUACCGCUGUGCUACGGGGCGAAGCAAGUGUACUUGAUCGGUGACGACCGAGAACUGGCUGCGACUGUCCUGAGCUCAGCCGCCGUCGAGUACAAGUACGACGUGUCCAUGUUCAGCCGAUUCCGUAAGUGCGAUUAUCCCGUGCACUCGCUCACUGCGGAUAAGACGACAGGUAAGCGGAAAUCAACGACGGCGUCUGAAAAGAAGCGCCACAUGCACGAUCCUCAUUGGAGCGGCGCGGCGGAGUUUAUUCGCACGAAUGAGCUCAACACCGCCGACGGAGGGUUCUCAAAAGAAGGUUUCCGUGACGAAUUGAUCGUAGAAAACACGAAGAAGGGUGAAGCCGUCGGUGGUGAUGAAAUGCUCGCGGACGUCGAAGACGGCGACGAUUCGAAUCGCGACGCUUUCACCGACUCGCCGGACGAACCAGCGAAAAAGAAACAGACACGACGGUCGACGCGAGCGUAG